AUGCUACUCUCCCAUCACUCUCUCCUGCGCGGCGCCAGCAUCCGCGAGAUCACGCUACCCGACAUCUUCUUGUACCGAUUGGAGAGCACCUCGUCGGUGAACCCGGAGAACCAGCCGGUCGUCAUGGUGAUCGCCGCGCGUAACUCGAAGACUUCCAAGGAUGCCCGUCUUCAGCAGAGCUACGCGGCGCGACACCUGGAAGCGGAGUUGUGCGCCGUCGGCGAGACCGGCCUGUGCUUGCACUUCAUCCUCGACCAGAUCGGUCAGUUCUCCGGCGUCGACUUCCUUCCGCCGCUUGACACCACCGAACGCGGACGCUGGUACAAGAAGCACCUCUUCUUCGCCCGCAACGACAAGGAGCAAGACGAGCUCCCCGCCGCCAGCCACCAACGUUGGACGCGGCAGAUGUGGACGACCAACAAGGUGUUCUGCAAGCGGAACGUGCACGCCGCACGCGCCGGAGGUGCACAGGAUCUAGCCAUCGAAGGGACUCCUCGCGCCGAGGUCGCCGAGCUGGGACACUGGGCUCUCGACAAGAUGACGCGUGCUUACAUCGCAGCCAUUCCCAUUGGGGUGGUGAUGAGGAAGGCCGGCUACUCGGGUUUCAAGCAGGACUACUUCUUGGGUCGCAGCAGGGUCCCGCCCUCCGCCAAACUCUUGGACACCAUCGCCGAGCACAUCUUCCCCGGCGUGGAUGCUCUGCUGCGCGAUGCGGAACCGCGUGCUGUCAAGGGGAGCGACGCCGACAAAGCCGCCGUGCACUUCUGGCAUACCCUCUUGAUGUUCCGCCGCAUCGUCGCCGAGGACCUCGCGGUGAAGCUCGUCCGCACACCGUGGCACCCGUACGUCCAAGGUUCCAAGCUCUGCCGGAUUGCCCUCUUUCAGCACUGGGCGAAAAGGGUCGAGGCAGGCGACACCGAAACGAUCAACAAGCGCCGAGACCCGACCCUCAUUCAGCCAGAGGAAAUCUCCGCCCGCUUGGACACGGAGUCCCGUAACAUGUCCCUCAAGGAGACGCUGAAGUACGAGAAGGAGCGCUCCGCGGUCAAGAAGAUCGACCUUCAGGAGGAGAUCGAGAAGCGCAACGAUAAUAUCGCGACGCUGACCGCCGAGUUAACCCGUCUCACUGAGGCACUCCGUGUGUCAGAAGCACGGAGGAUGCCGGCGGCACCGCCGUCGGCGAACGAGCAAGCGCCGACAGAGGGUGGCUCCAUGGAUUCGGCCAGUACGGGGCCCGAAGCCAAGAACGGGGAUGAGAAACCCCCGAAACCCCCACAAACGGUCAACGAGGCUCGUUACGAGCUCAACGUGGUGAAACCCUGGCGGGAGGCAACGACCGUGAGGGACGCUUGGCGCCUCUGGAACUCCGCCACCGCCGAUGACACUCGUCGUCUUUGCGACAGGGUCGCCGAGCCGGGAUUUGUCGACCGCCACACCCUCCUCGAAGGCGCGACGCAGGGUGCACACAACAUGAAGGUGCGCCGCAUGCUGAAGGCCAUGGAUGCAGUGCGCCUUCUUCGCUCGAGCGACGGCGAUGCCGACACCGAAGCCGUCGUUGCUGCACUGAACAGGAUCGAGGCGCCGAGCAUUGGGACCUUCUGCGAUGCCCUCACGGUGCUCAAUCCGGAAACGGCGCCGACGAACUCCAAGGAGCCUGGCAUGGGAGUCAAGGGGCUGGGCCCCAAGGUGGUCUCGAAGCUACGUGCCGCCUGUGCGCUGAUGGCGCUCAACUUGAAGCCGAAAACUUGGGUCGCCGACUUGUUUCCAGACACCUGGGAGGAGUAG